UUCUGCUGUCGUACGUGCUCACAUUCAUGUUGGUCGAUUUCAUAAUGGUCCAUGUGGUCGUACAAUUUGCCAAAAUCUACGAAUUCGUCUAUGAACUAGCGUUGCCGGAACAAUUUCCCAAGUUUCUUCAGAUUCUCAACACAUCUUCGGAUGCAUCAUCACCGAUGAAGAAUUUGAUCGACGCCGAUACAUUCGUCCAAGACUAUCAGGUGUUUCGCCAGGAUAUUCGUCAAUGUCUGCCCAUUGUAUCGGACAUUGAUUGGGCACCAUAUCGUAAAUGUCUAACGUAUUUCGGUUUGCUAAUGCUUUGGAAAACCAUUCGGCCAUACAUUAAUCGCACGAGAAGUGUCGUUUGCACCAACCUCUACCCGAAAUUGGCUCAAUCGCGUGUUGUCUAUCUCUACAACCACAUCUGGUUCCAACGAAUGAUAAUGGAUGUAACAAUGGCCGUCAUGAGCCAAGAUUAUACGAAAGCAAUCAGGAUUGUGUGGCAAUUCGUCAAACAAAAUUACAACAUUCGAAAGCUGGAGAGACAAAGAUUGAAACGAGAAAAGCAAAAACAAGGAGCUGCCGGUCUUGUCGAUACGUUAUUAGGAGCGCCCAACAUGUCUCCAUUGAACAAUUGUGCCAUCUGUAAUAAAUCAUUCGAACAAAACGAAUUGAUUCAGUGUCCAGGAAACAAUUGCCAGUUGCUACUGUGUUGGCAAUGCUACAAAACGGCUACAACGGAACCAAACUAUCGCUGCAAACAAUGCGACACGGCUUACGAACAAUUCUUGGAAGAUGUUUCCGAAGUCAUAGAUUCAAGUAUGAACGAUGAAUUGGAUUUCUAACCACACACAUUGUGUUGUAAUUAAUAAUUAAUAAUAAAUUAUGGCAAUCGCCAAUUUGAUCA